UAACGAGAUCUGUAGGAUGGAUCCGACGCGGUCGUUGGCAUGGGUGGCGCUGUUGCAGAAGGUCGACCGACGGCAGCUCGAAGCCACGUGGAUGUACCCCAACGUUCCCAAGGACCAUCUUCAUGUGUUGCUGCAUCGUGUCAAUGUCGACGCGCCGCGACCGGAUGUGUUCUUCGUCAAAUAUCAAGACACGUGGGUGUAUGUGGGCCGCCCGUCGGUGGUGGCGGGUGACGCCGUCGUCGUCGUAGCCAGCAAGUGCUUUGACCCCGAGAAGUACGCGGCCUUGCUUGACGUGUUAGCAGACGAGUACGUGGCGGCGGGGUCGUCGCCACUGGCGCUCGUCCGCGUCUACCUGGCCCUGUUCACCACCGGACAAUACGCCAAUCCCAACACCCACGUGUCGCCGUUUGAAUGGAACAAGAACCAAGCCAUGGCGCCGUACAUUCCGACCUCCGUCACCCUCGACACGUUCGUGUCCAUGUUUCAAAGCGACGAUAGCGCCAUCGUGUGGCUUGCCAUCCUGGCCAAGAAGAGGUGGCCCUACCUCCACUUGAAAGUGCCUCUCACGACCAGAGGUCGGUUUGGUAGAGUCGUCGUGACCAGCGACAACAUCCCCGACCUGCUUCAACUCACGCGGUGCCUGCCUCAGUUUGCGUGGCAUCGUCAGGACUGGGCCAUCCUCCGUCCGUUCACGCGGGGGACGAGUGCCGAAGUGGCCGACCUCUGCGCGUCCGGCGUGUACAUCGCGGGCAUGCUGCACUCCGACCUCCAUCCGACCACCUCCUCGUCGCCGUUACUUUACGAUGUCCUUGUUGACGGUAUACAAGCUGCUGUUUUACUAGAAACCCCUUUGCGAUGUGGUUUUCUCAAUGCGAUCGAUGGGCAGUACCGACGCGCACGGUGACUGUGGCGACCGGGUGCGCCGACCUCUUCUCGGGUCUGUCCUGGCACAACCAAUGCACCGACGUGCUCGCGACCUACCACCACCAGCCCUCCACAGACGACCACUCGCUCCUCGUGGACGUUGUAGCCAAGAAGACACUGACUUUGAUCGAGUCCAUCCAGGCGGCGGCGCUCACGAGCGUCCAUGGCCUCGACGAACCAUUGAAGUGGGCAGUGGCCGUCGCGGAAGAGCUCGUGUAACGUUAAUUGUAUAUCCAUCUAGUAGUAGUAGUACUAGUAGUAG